UUAUUUGGUUUAUGAAUGACUCUUGAAUGUUUAGGUAGCCCGUGAAAAAGGACGUAAAGUUUUUUCAAUUAAAGUUGAAUAUUUUUCGUAAAAUAAUGAUUUCUUUGCGAAAUUUAACCCGUAUUCAAAAGCUAAUAGCUUUUAAAAAUGUAUCCAGAUUGGCGCCUAUCAUUUCAAGUUCGUUAAUACCGCCGAAUCGACAAUGUUCAAAUGUGGUAAAAAAUUCAAACGACAAACAAAUAAAACCAACUUUCUAUGCGAUUGAUGAAGAAAAGAAACAAUUUUUGGUCAAUUUCGCUACCUAUAUGGCCGAAUGUAUGCCUAAAUAUGUUGAAAAAAUGCAAAUAACUCAUACAGGAGAGUUGGAAAUUAUGGUUUGUCCUGAAGGAAUUGUCACUGUAAUGGCUUUUCUCAAAGAUAAUCAUUCUGCUCAAUUUACAAAUUUGGUUGACAUUGCUGGCGUCGAUAUUCCAUGUCGCAAGAAUCGUUUUGAGAUAGUUUAUAAUCUCCUUUCAUUGCGAUAUAAUGCACGUAUUCGUGUUAAAACUUAUACGGAUGAAUUGACACCAAUCGAUUCGAUUUGUUCAGUAUUCAAUGCUGCAAAUUGGUAUGAAAGAGAAGUGUACGAUAUGUUCGGUGUUAUUUUUUAUAACCAUCCUGAUCUAAGGCGUAUUCUAACCGAUUAUGGUUUUGAAGGAUAUCCGUUUCGUAAAGAUUUCCCUCUAUCUGGCUUUGUUGAGUAUCGUUACGAUGAUGAUAAAAGACGUAUAGUAAUCGAACCAUUGGAAUUGGCACAAGAAUUUAGAAAAUUUGAAUUACAAUCACCAUGGGAAACAUUUCCUGCAUUUAGAGAGACAUCACCAGUGCAAGAAAUUCCUUUACCAAAUGCCAAUGAUGAUAAAAAAUAAGAAUAAACUUUGAAUAAGUAGAAAAUAAAGAAAAAUUUAUUCAUGUUGAUUUAUUAA